UGGUACAUAGAUACAGCUUCACAAGUAUCCAAUAUGAGUUUCUGAGCUACUCUUAGAGAUGUGGUGUCUUUAUAUCUCUAUGAUAAAUGAAUCAACUCUGCUCCAGACUUAGGACUUGAGGAUGAUUCUUCUUAUCUUUCUUCUACUUCUACUUCUUCUUCCUCCUCCGUAAAUCUCAUUCUGUUCCUAAAUCAUCAGUACAUCAUGGGUGAAGAUGAUAUCGUGGAGCUCUUAUGGAAGAGCGGGCAAGUUGUUCCAAGUAGUCAGACACAGAGACCAUCUGUUCCUCCUGCUGUUCUACGAGGCAGUGGCAGUGGUGGCGGGGGUGGAGAAGAGAGGGCUCCGCUUCCACUUCCAGUUCCGCAGCCUCCGCCUCCGCCUCUCUACCCUAGUGAUCAGAAUCUAUUCAUACGCGAAGACGAAAUGGCGUCUUGGCUUCACCACCAUCCUAUCGGGGAUGAUGAUGAGCUCCGCGCUCAUCUUCUCUACGCCGGCCUCAUCCCGUUUACUCAGCCGCAGGGCUCCCUCCCUCUCACACCACCACUACCGUUACAACCACCACCACCACCAGCUAGUGUUAUUUACGCUCUGACGGCUGCAGAGAGACCGAUACACUUGAGAAGGGCGGUGAACCUCACCAGCUUAUCGAGGCUAGGAGUCGAAGCAGCAGCUGCACCGUGGGUUCCUCCGUUGACGCAGGUGGGAUCAAGCUCGACGCCGUUGUCGGAGUCCUGCCUGACACCAGCGACGGUCACCGGCGGAGGAUUCCCGCAGAGUUUGGCGGUUCCCAGAGCGGUGUGCGGGAUCCCCGGACCAGUGGUCCUAGAGACGAGAAUAGAGCCGGUUCAGAUACAACCGGCGGCGGCGGCGGAGACGGAAGCUGCUGCUGCGGAGGAUGAGAGGAAGCGAAAGGAGAGAGAAGAAACUGCUGCUGACGAAACCGAGGAAGCUGGUGGUUCAAUGUCUAGGAAGAGGUCACGAGCUGCAGAAAUGCAUAAUAUCUCCGAAAGGAGAAGGAGAGAAAAGAUCAACGAGAAGAUGAAGACUCUCCAAGAACUCAUUCCUCGCUGCAACAAGACUGAUAAAUCUUCAAUGCUGGACGACGCUAUCGAGUACGUUAAGGCGCUACAGCUGCAAAUACAGAUGAUGUCUCCAGGAGGCGGUAUGAUGCCACCGAUGAUGUAUACUCCAAAUAUGCAACAAUUCAUGCCUCCCUCGGCAAUGGACAUGAACAGGCCUCCUUUUGUACCUUUCCCUGGCACAACUUUUCCUACGCCGCCGGCUCAUUUGGCAGGUCUCUGUCCACCGUAUCCAGCACCGCGAUAUCCUUUUCCAUCCAGAGUCCAGCAGCCUGACCCGGUCCAGAACCAGCCUCAGUUUCCGGGUUACUUUAAUCCUUAUAGCCAGUUUGUAGGUCUCCAACAAAUGCAACAGCCUCCUCCUCCUCCUACUCUUCCUCCUCCUCCUCCUCUUCCUCCUCCUCCUCCUCUUCCGUUGCAGAUUCAAACAACAUCACAGCUGAGUACCAGCCAGGCAAGUACUAGUAAGGCACCUGAAGAUCAGGGCAAUAAACCAACAGGUUAAAAAGGCUUGGUUCUCCAAGCAUAUCCACGGAGUUAAAGAUGUAAAUAGAAAUAAUAAAACAUGUAGAAUUUUAGUCAAGUUUAAGGUUAAUGUAGUAGGUCCUCUUAUACGGCUUUGUUUUUUUUUUAUGUAUAUAUUAGGCCAAUAAAUAUCUCUCCUGUAAAGAAAACAAUAAUAAAGUGAGUACUACUAGAA